AUGAAUCCACAAUACAUACAGCAACAGCAGUCACAACAACAACAAUCACAACAGCAAUCUGGUUAUCUUUCUGGUCCUCCAACUUCAUCUUCAUAUGGAGAAGUAAAUUCUAAUGUACCAUCAAAUGUGUUAAAAGGAUCUCCAAUAAAUUCCCAAAUAUAUGCUUCUCAAAAAUCAAUGCAAGGACCUUCCCUUACUAAUUUACAUCAGUCUCAAGCACCAUAUUAUGUGAAUAGCAUACAAACACAAGGAAAUACUCAGUAUGAAUUAUCUACAAAUAAUCCACAUAUAAUACCAUCUUCAAUAAGUCAGAAUAAUAUAGUUAAUCAAAUGUCAAACAUGUCUUUGGGAGAUCAACAAAGACCACCAUCUGUGCAAAAUUUCCCCCCUCCACCUCUACCUGGAAAGAGUAGUCCAACAAUGUCUGCAGCUUCAAAUGUGAAUGGCUUUAAUAAUGCAUUAGAAACUUCAUCGGGAACUACUUCUAGUGGACAAACUGAACCAGGUGGGAAAUCUGGACCACCUGUUCCUGGACAGAAUGUACAAGAGCAGAAGACAGCUUUAAAAGCUUCUACAUCACAGCUUACUGGUCUUCCAUUUUCAGGACAUUCUACAGGAAAUAUUCCUGGUCACUACUACUCUGGACAAACUUUAUCAUCUGAACAAGUGUUCAAUACAGGAUUGUCUUCAAAUCAGCAUCAGCAUGGUCAAAUGAAUGUUACUGAUACAUCCGAACAAUCAAAUUUUCCUAGACUACCAAUGGGACAAAGAUCUACAGGUCCACCAUUACAAGGACAGCAAAGUUUAUCUAGUUCGCCUUUACCUGGACAGCAAAAUCUCUCUAAUCCAAUAAUACCAGGGCAACCAAAUUUAUCUGGGCCUCCAUUAUCAAGUCAACAAGCCCAUAACAAUACAAUUAUGCAAGGAAUACAUGGUCAACAGAAUUUAAUUGGAUCGUCAUUACCAAAACAAAAUUUAUCAAGUCCACCAUUGCAAACUCAGCCAAGUUUACCUGGCCCUCCACUCCCUGCUCCACCCUUACCAGGACAACAUUAUUCUCUAUUACCAGGACAACAGAAACCUAAUCAUUCAUUUCCAGAACCACCAAGUAUGUCAAUAUCUAAUUUAUCUGGUCCUUCGCUAAUGACUCAACAAAAUAUACAUCCACCUCCAAUAUCAGGUCAACAAAAUAUUGCCCCAUCUUCAUUAACAAAUCAGCAGGGCUUUAACAGACCACCAUUGUUAAGCCAGCAAAAUUUACCUAGUUCACAAAUGCCACCACUAAUACCUGGUCAACCAGUGGGGCAGCAGGUAAUAAAUUCUGGUACAAAUUUAUUACAACCUGGUCAAAGACCAUACACGUCUAGACCACCCAUACAAGGACAACAAAUGGGAAAUCCUUUAGGGAUUAAUCGUAAUCCACCUAAUGCAAUCCCAAAUUAUCAACAUACAGGAUAUCAAGGCUAUAAUAAUGAUAUAUAUAAUGCUCAAAGAAGUUCAUAUCAGGGUGGUACAUCAGGCAUGAUGGGUGGAUAUCAACCUGAUAUGCAUCCACAACAGACUAGACGUUUAGAUCCUGAACAAAUGCCAAGCCCAAUUCAAGUAAUUCAAGAUGAUCAACACGUAAGAGGCGGAGUAUUCAUAACAAAUCAAAAGGGAUUAGUUCCACCAUUAGUAACCACUAAAUUCGUAACACAGGAUCAAGGAAAUGCAUCUCCUAGAUACAUCAGAUCUACUAUGUAUACUGUUCCUACUACAUCAGAUAUUAUAAAACAAACAAAUGUUCCAUUUGGACUAAUAAUAAGUCCAAUGGCUCGUAUAGCAGAAGGAGAAUAUGAACCACCCAUUGCAGACAUGGGUGAAAUUGGUCCAGUGCGUUGCAUACGAUGUAAAGCAUAUAUGAGUCCAUUUAUGCAAUUUAUUGAUGCAGGCAGAAGAUUCCAAUGCAUGUUCUGUAAAGCAACAACUGAAGUUCCAGCAGAAUAUUUUCAACAUUUGGAUCACACUGGGCAACGCAUGGAUCGUUAUGAAAGACCAGAAUUAAUGUUGGGAACAUACGAAUAUAUUGCUACAAAAGAUUAUUGCAGAAAAAAUACUUUUCCAAAACCACCAGCUAUUGUGUUCAUGAUCGAUGUGUCAUAUAACACAGUUAAGUCUGGUUUAGUUAAUCUACUAUGUAUGCAAAUGAAGUCAAUCUUGCGACAUUUACCUGUUGAUGUUGGUCAAACAAGAACGAAGAUGAAAGUUGGAUUUAUAACAUACAAUAAUACAGUACACUUUUACAACAUUAAUUCUUGCCUUGCUCAACCACAAAUGAUGGUUGUGGGAGAUGUACAAGAUGUUUUUAUGCCACUUCUUGAUGGAUUUUUAUGCGAUGUUGAAGAGAGCGAGUCUGUUAUUGAUGGUUUAAUGACACAAAUACCAGCAAUGUUUGCAGAUACACGUGAAACAGAAACAAUUCUUGCACCAGCCAUACAAGCUGGAUUAGAAGCAUUAAAGGCUUCAGAUUGUGCUGGGAAAUUAAUGGUUUUCCAUUCUUCUUUGCCCAUUGCUGAUGCUCCCGGGAAACUGAAAAAUCGUGAUGACCGUAAAGUUCUUGGAACAGAGAAAGAAAAAACCGUAUUAGCUCCACAAAAUAACAUUUACAAUAAUCUAGGUCAAGAGUGUGUAGGUGUAGGAUGUUCUGUAGAUUUGUUUAUUUUCAAUAAUUCAUACGUGGAUAUUGCGACAAUAGGACAAAUUGCCAGGUUGACUGGUGGGGAAGUCUACAAAUAUACUUAUUUUCAGGCUGAUAUAGAUGGAGAUCGUUUAAUUUCGGACGUCAUUAACAAUAUUAGUAGAGCAAUAGCAUUUGAUGCUAUUAUGCGUGUACGUACGUCUACCGGUAUUCGAGCAACUGAUUUUUAUGGUCACUUCUUUAUGUCAAAUACUACUGAUAUGGAAUUAGCUAGUAUAGAUUGUAAUAAGGCUAUUGCCAUAGAAGUGAAACAUGAUGAUAAAUUAUCAGAUGAUGAAGGUGUAUAUAUUCAAGCAGCUUUGUUGUACACUUCCUGCAGUGCAAUCAGAAGAUUGCGUAUUAUUAAUCUUAGUUUAAAAACUUCAUCUCAAAUGGCAGAAUUAUAUCGGGCAUGUGAUUUAGAUGCUAUCAUAAAUUACUUCUCUAAACAAAGUGUUUUCAAACUAACUGAAUCAACGCCAAAAAGUGUAAAGGAUAAUUUAAUCGCAAGAUGUGCAAAUAUAUUGGCUGCAUACCGAAAACAUUGUGCUUCUCCAUCUAAUGCUAGUCAAUUAAUAUUACCAGAAUGUAUGAAAUUGCUUCCACUUUACAUAAAUUCGUUAUUGAAAAGUGAUGCAUUAUCUGGAGGUGCUGAUAUGUCUAUUGAUGAUAGGUCUUUUGUUAUGCAAGCAGUUGCAACUAUGCCAAUUUCUAUAUCAGUUGUUUAUAUUUAUCCAAGAUUACUUCCUUUACACGAUGUUGAUCCACAAGAUACAGAGUUACCACAGAUGUUGCGCUGCUCUUUUGAUAAAUUCACUGAUGAUGGCGCAUACUUACUUGAAAACAGUAUCCACAUGUUUCUGUGGUUAGGCUUGGCACUUUCUCCUCAAUGGGUACAAGCAGUGUUUGGUGUCUCAUCAGUAGUUCAAGUUGAUAUAGACUGUACUGCACUGCCAAUAUUAGAUACUCCUCUGAAUAAACGAAUUACCGAUAUCAUUAAUCGCGUACGUAUGGAAAGGCAUCGUUAUAUGAGGUUAACUAUAGUGAGACAGCGUGAGAAACUUGAAUUAGUAUUACGUCAUUUCUUGAUUGAAGAUAGAGAAAAUGACGCAAGUCCGAGUUAUGUUGAUUUCCUUUGCCAUAUGCACAAAGAAAUAAGAACACUCCUUAGCCAAUAAAAUGAAUCUUAAAGCAAUUAUCUUAUGUUGGAAUCCUAGCUUGCUACAUGUUUGUGACUGUUGUCACAUUAUGUCCAGGAUCAGUUAAAUUAUUAAAACGAAAUUCAUUCAAAGCUCAAUGGGGAUCAUAGGUUGUGUGUGCAUUCGUACACAUUAUGAAAAAGAUGUGAAACAAAACUAACAUAUAUUUGUAACACGAUACCUAUAAAAGGGCAAUGAACUUUACAAAAUAACUAAUCAUUCCGCGGGAAAAACGGUGCAUCUGACAGAAAACAUCCAAAUGCACUCAAACAGUGAUUUAUACAAGAAUUGUAAACGUAAACUUGUAUUAUUACAUUUUAUUUUAACUAGCUCGUUAAUGUUAUUAUUA